UGGUAAAGAACCCUGUACUUAAACAAAAUUAUAGUUUUAGUCUUAUUUUAAAAUUAUUUACAAUGUUUAAAACUUAGCUUUCCUUAAUGUAUAGUGUAAAAGCUUUGCCAUGGUUUUCAGGUAGUUAUAUUGUCAUCAGAAUUAGCAGAGUUCAGGGUUUAUACUCAAGUUGCAUAUGGUAUUACAUGUUCUAGUGUAGCUAUUAUUAGCUUUUUUCAGUUUUAUAAGUUCUCAAGUAAUUAUUCAUAUAAAUUUUAUGUGGCUUGUAAAGAAAUUUAUUUUUUAAAAAAGCAAACCCCUGUGGAACCCUUGUCUAUUAGCUCCUCAUUAAAAUUCCUUUUCUCUGCAAACCUACACAACACUCUUUAAUGAUUCAGACAUGCACAGAUGAGUGAGGAGUCUAAAGAAUGUGGCUUAUUUCAUAACUUUAAAACUUGGACAUUGGGUUGGGAGUACAGCUUAGUAUGGCUACUUUUCUAAGUAAAAUUUUGCUCCAUUUGCAACUCUGAACGCCUGUGCAGAAGGGGUGGUGCCCUUGCUGGAGCGUGACCUCUGCACACCUUGCCCUGCCCCCACCUCACCCCCACUGCAACCUUAGAAAUCAGAUUCUUGACACGUCGUAAAUGCAAGUCACAGCUGCGGUACUCUGCAGUGCUCCAAAACUUUCAACACUGCAUAUGUAACAACAAAAUUUUUGUGUCUGUGAAUGUAAGUUUUUUAUUGAGGUGCUGUUUUCCAACCUUAAUCUUUUGACCAAGGAUGAAACUAUUUAAAGCGUAAGAUGCCAACAGAUCACGAAGAGCCCUGUGGUUCCAGUCACAGGUCAUUCUGCCUGAAUGGGGGGAUUUGUUACGUGAUACCUACUAUUCCCAGCCCUUUCUGUAGGUGCAUCGAAAAUUACACAGGAGCUCGCUGUGAAGAGGUUUUUCUCCCAAGCUCCAGCGUCCAAGCGAAAAGUAACCUGUUUGCAGCUUUUGUGGCUGUGGCUGUUCUUUUAACACUUAUCGUUGGAGCCCUCUACUGCCUGUGCAGGUAAGCAAAGUAGACAUAAGCUUUUGAAAAGGAAAAAUAGCUAUUCUGCUAAAUAUUAAUAUGCUCUCUAGUUCUGGAUACUUUUCCAGAUGCCGUUUUAUGUUUAGAGAUCUCUCUAAUACGGUUUCAUGAUUAAUAAGUCAUUCUUGAAAGGAUAGUCUCGAUGGAUAGUCUCACUUUGUUCUUUGCUACUGUCAUUCUUUGUUUACCUUGACUUCUCUAUGAGGUAGGCCCAUGCCUAAUAUUUUGCGCUAGAUCUACUGAAAGUAAAUUUUGAAUGUGGUCGGCGCCGUGGCUCACUAGGCUAAUCCUCCGCCUUGCGGCGCCGGCACACCGGGUUCUAGUCCCGGUCGGGGUGCCGGAUUCUGUCCCGGUUGCCCCUCUUCCAGGCCAGCUCUCUGCUGUGGCCAGGGAGUACAGUGGAGGAGAUGGCCCAAGUGCUUGGGCCCUGCACCCCAUGGGAGACCAGGAGAAGCACCUGGCUCCUGCCAUCGGAUCCGCGCGGUGCGCCGGCUGCAGCGCACCAGCCGUGGCGGCCAUUGGAGGGUGAACCAACGGCAAAGGAAGACCUUUCUCUCUGUCUCUCUCUCACUGUCCACUCUGCCUGUCAAAAAAAUAAAAUAAAAUAAA